GUUACCAUUGGAACUGAGCAGCGUGGAGUCGAUGAUGCCAUUGCAUAGUGCAAUUGCUUCGGCGCGGUUAACAUCGAGCUUGUCAAUUGAGUCCCAGAGCUGGGGGUUAGUUCCUCAAGAAAGGGCAAUUGUGUAAUUUCGACUUACACCUCUGUUACUAGUUAAUCCAUAUCGGUAGCGGCCCAGCAAACUCCUCCAACGGCCACACAUGGCCUCCUUCACCUCCCCCAACUCAGUACUGCAGCAAAAGCAGCACCACCUUCUUCACUCCAUCACCACCCUCUGUAAGUACCCAUCUCCUCUCAACGUUUUUGAAUUCCACUGCCCCUCUCAUUUCUUCACUUUCUCACCUCCCAAGCAAACACUUCAACUCAAACACGCACUAAAACUCUAUCCACUUCCACUCGCUAGAGAGAAUAUCAACCACAUAGUUGCAAAGUUUUCCACCUCCACCACCACGUACCAUGAACCACACACAAAGACCCUGAACUCAGCAACUGAAAAACCUGUAAAGAACAAUGGCAGUUCAGUUGUGGAGAAAAAGAGUGAAGCUAGGUUCACUAAAGAGAAAAGUACAAAGAAAAGUAGAAGGAAGGAGGGUAUGUGGUUUAAAGAUAAGAGUAAGGAAAGAAAGAAGAGAGGUAGUGAUAGUGAUCAGGUGGGAGAAGAGAAAAAGGGGAGAGGGUCUAAGAAAAACAAGGUUAAUGUAGACUUGCCUGAAGUUAAGAUGAGAGUUGGAUUGGAUAUGUGCUCAAAGAGAGGGGAUGUAAUGGGUGCAAUUAAGUACUAUGAUUUGGCUCAAACUGAGCAGAUUAAGUUGGAUCAGUAUCAUUAUACUGUUCUGUUGUAUCUGUGCUCUUCUGCAGCUGUUGGUGUUGUUCGUCCUGCUAAGAGUGGGUCUGGGACUCGAGUUUUGGAUACCCUGGAUUCGUCUGGUGAAGGAACUGGAGUGGAAACAAUGGAGUUGACUAAGUUAAGAGAUUCGGGUAUUGGGAAUUGGGAUGAUAACAGUGGAAGUGAUGAGAGUGCUGAAAAAAUGGAGUUGAGUUCAAGGAACAGGUUUGAUGAUGAUGUGGAUGGUGCUUCCAAUGAAAAGAGGAACUUAGCGUGGUUUUCUAAUGGAUUUGUGAAGCGAAACUCUCGCCUGUUAGAUGGACUGAACAAUCCUACCAAAGUUGGAGAUGAUGGUACAAGUCUAAAAGAUGGAAAUGUGAAGCAAGAAAGCAAUGAGAUUCGGGUUAGUGAGGAUGUGAAGAAGUAUGCACUCCAAAGGGGAUUUGAGAUUUAUGAGAAGAUGUGUUUGGAUGGUGUCCCAGUGAAUGAAGCAGCAUUGACAUCUGUGGCUAGAAUGGCAAUGUCAAUGGGGGAGGGAGACAUGGCAUUUGACAUGGUGAAGCAGAUGAAAUCGAUGGGAAUAAAUCCUAGACUGCGUUCCUACGGUCCUGCGUUAUCUGCUUUUUGCAGUAGUGGCAAUAUUGACAAAGCGUUUGCUGUUGAGAAACACAUGUUGGAGCAUGGUGUCUAUCCAGAAGAGCCUGAACUGGAGGCCCUCUUAAGAGUGAGUGUGGGAGCUGGAAAAGGUGACAAGGUGUAUUAUAUGUUGCAGAAACUAAGAACAAGUGUAAGGAGGGUCUCACCCUCUACUGCUGACUUAAUUGUAAAGUGGUUUAAUAGCAAGGAAGCGUCAAGAGUGGGAAAGACAAAAUGGGACGAAAGAUUGAUAAGGCAGGCCAUUGAAAAUGGGGGUGGUGGGUGGCAUGGGCAGGGAUGGUUGGGGAAAGGAAAGUGGUCAGUGCUACAUACAACUAUUGGAUCCGAUGGCUUGUGCAAAUGCUGUGGGGGAAAAUUGGCCACAAUUGAUCUUGAUCCUGUAGAAACAGAAAACUUUGCUGAAUCAGUUGCAUCUAUAGCUAUACAGAGAGAGAAAAAUUCAAGCUUUCAGAAAUUUCAAGUACGAAAAGCCCCCAACAAUGCUUAUUGCUUUUAAUCUUGUAUGGUUUGACUUAGGAAAGACCAAAAUUGUAUU